AUGGCGACCGACGACGACGCCGCCAUGCCGCCGCCCAUCCCCACGGCCGACACCUUCACGCACUUCCAAGACACGCUCUUCUCUCGCGUCGUAGCCACCGUCAAGACCGCGGGCGCCAUCGCCGCCUCCGACGUCUCCUUCCAGCGCUCGUCCGACCCGGCGUUCAACGAGGGCCUCGACGAGGUCAGCGCCCGCAUCCUCGGGCUCGCCAACCAGCUGCUGCACGCGGCCGCGCGGGGCAGCAGCGACAUUGCGACGCCGGCCAGGAUGAGGGAUGUGGACGAUGUCGAGAAUGGGUGGGGCGAGGUGGUGGAGGUGGUGGAUUACUUGUUGGAGAAGGCGGAUACGUGUUUGGAUGAAUACACAGGCGCAAUUAAGCAGAAAUACCCCACGCCCCUCCCCGGCGCACAGCUCACCACCCCCCACCGCCCUCACAACGCCGCCCCCGUCCCCCGCGCCACCUCCUGGCAAUCCCGCAAGCUCCCCAAGCCCCAACUCCUCUUCCCCGACGUCAUCGACAACUUCGCCCCCCCCCCCUUCAAGCCCCUUCUCACCACCAAACCCCACGCCACCCUCCCCCUCCCCGCCAGCCUCACCCUCGAACCCAACGACCACGGCGCCCCACAAUACACCCACCCCUACCGCACCGAGAUCGAAACAACCCCCUACCCACCCUCCGUCUACCACCCCGCCCCACCAACCCCCUACCACCCCUUCUCCACCACCACCGCAGCCUGGGUCUCCACGCCCGCCGCCCUCACCGCCAUGAUCAGCGCACUCGAGAAGUGCACCGAGAUCGCGGUCGACCUGGAGCACCACGACACGCGCUCGUACAUCGGCUUCACGUGUCUGAUCCAGAUCAGCAGCCGCGACCAGGACUGGAUCGUGGAUGCGCUGGCGCUGCGCGGGGAGCUGCAGGCGCUGAAUGCCGUUUUCGCGGAUGGAAGGAUUGUGAAGGUGCUGCAUGGCGCGUACAUGGAUAUACGGUGGCUGCAGCGGGACUUUGGCGUCUAUGUGGUGGGGCUGUUUGAUACGCAUUAUGCGGCGAAGGCGCUGGGCUUCCCAGGCUUGGGGCUGGCGUAUCUGUUGAAGAAGUAUGUGGGCUUUGAUGCGGAUAAGCAGUACCAGCUUGCGGAUUGGAGGAUUAGACCCCUCACCAAAGAAAUGUUCGACUACGCCCGCUCCGACACCCACUUCCUCCUGUACAUCUUCGACCACCUGCGCAACGAACUCAUCGCGCGCUCUGACCCCUCCAACCCCAGCGAGGACCGUCUCCAGCGCGUGCUCCAAGACUCGCGCGAGACAGCGCUCAAGCGCUACGAGCGCGAGUCCUACGACGCCGCCACGGGCCUCGGCGCCGCCGGCUGGUUCAACAUGGUCACGCGCGACAACCUCACCCCGCUGCAGCUCGCCCUCUUCAAGGCCGUGCACCAGUGGCGCGAUAACGCAGCGCGCGAGGCCGACGAGAGUACGCAUUAUACACUGUCGCGGAGACAGCUGUUUGGCAUUGCGAGACAGGCGCCGACGGAUGUGGAGACGCUGCUGAAGGUGUGUGUGCCGACGUCGCAUGUGGUCAAGGAGCGCGCGAAGGAGCUGGUGGAGCUGGUCAAGAGUGUUAUUGAGAAUCCGCCGGACGAGACUGUCGCGCCGGCAGCGCAGGAGGCCUCCGCGCCCGAGAUGGAACUAGAGCCGGCGCCGGUCGCCACAGUGCCCAUCAUCAAGACCGAUAUCUUUGCGCCGGCGGCGACCGCCGCGGCGUCGAUCCAGGCACACAAAUCGGCGUUCUGGGGGCCCGUCGCGGGCAUCAGCAGCCGCUGGGAGACCGGCGCUGUCGCGGCAAGUAUUAGUCUUGCGGUAGAGCUGCCGCCGCUGACGGCUGCGGUGUGGGUGACGCCCGGUGAGAAGGAGAAAGCGAGAGAGGCCGUGGUGGUCGUGGAUCCCGGCGCGAGGGUAGAGCAUCAGUAUAUCAAGGGCGCGGCGGCGCAGAAGAAGAAGGAGGACGACAUCAUUGUUGUCAAGGCGCUGGGCGGUGCGCGAAAACGGAAAAUGCCGGAUGACGAGGCGGCGCCGGCGACUGCGGAUGCAGAGGCAGAGGUUCCUGCUGCUGCGGUUGGAGAGUCGAAAGAAGGUAGCGCAUCAGGCGAAGAGAAGGAAGAGCAGGAGGAAGACGCGGUGGCCCUGGAGCCCUCGCGCAAAAGGGAGAAGCGGGAGAAGAAGGAGCUGCGGCGGGAGAAGCGACGUCUUGCUGCUGCUGGUGGUGCUGGCGCUGCUGGCGACAGCGGCAGUGGUGAUGCGGAGAAGCCGCGCGAGUUCCAGGCAUUCGACUAUUCGAAGGCGCCGCCUGUGUUUAACGGCCACAAGGAUAAGGGGAGAUGGAGGGAUAAGAAGCCUGGGCAGCAGCAGCAGUUCGAUCCGUAUGCGAAGUCGGGCGAUGCGCCGAGGGGCAUGAGCCGUGGACAGAAGGAGCGCGCGGGGAAGUCGCAUACGUUUAAGCAGUAG